GCAUACAAAACACCAGUUCUGGAGACGGGGCCCUUAAACAUGUCAAGCGCCCUGAACCGUUCUGUGUCGACCACCCCCUCCCCCUCGUCUCACUCCCUGGGGCCCCUGGUGAAUGGCGGGGCUCUGGCAGGGCAGGGGGGGCUUGGGCAGGGGGUGGCUGGGGUGCUGGGGUCCCGACAUUUGCUCAGGGACGCUCCCCCCUCGUCACCACUUCAGAUUUUUGUCCGAGCGAAGAAGAAGAUCAACGAUAUUUACCAAGAGGUUGAAGAGUAUGUCGGAGAAGCUCUUCUGUUUUUGGAAGGGUCAAACCAGAGUGGCAAGCUGCUGGCACUGACGGAGGAGGUUGAUGCAGUUAAGGGCCACAGUGCCAAGGUGGCCGGGAUAAAGGAGGUGCUCGCCAGGGACCACAUGAAGGUUGCGUUCUUUGGCCGAACCUCGAAUGGGAAAAGUACUGUUAUAAAUGCUAUGAUGGGGGACAAAAUUCUGCCCUCGGGAAUUGGUCACACAACGAACUGUUUCCUGCAGGUGGAGGGGGUGGAGAGUAGUGAACCAUAUUUGACGACCGAGGACUCCACAGAGCGUCAGAGCAUUAAGGGCAUCGGUCAGCUGGCCCAUGCUCUUUGCAAUAACAGGCUUGGCGACUCUACCCUCGUUCGCAUCCACUGGCCAAAGUCAAGGUGUCCACUUCGGGAUGACGUGGUGCUGGUGGACUCGCCCGGGAUAGAUGUCUCGGAAAGCCUUGACGACUGGAUAGAUAAGCACUGUCUUGACGCUGAUGUCUUCGUCCUUGUGGCCAAUUCAGAGUCCACCCUUAUGAAUACUGAAAAGAACUUCUUCCACAAAGUGUCCUCUCGUCUCUCCAAACCCAACAUAUUCAUUCUGCAGACGUGGGACAUGGCUGCCUCAGAACCAGAAUUCUUGAACGAGCCUAACACAGGGCAGAGCGAGGUCCGCAAGCAGCACCUGGAGCGAACCACAGCCUUUCUCGUCGACGAACUGAAAGUGGUCAGCGCUGGGCAGGCUGGCCAGCGGAUUUUCUUUGUCUCAGCGAAGGAAGCUUUGCACCAGAGAUUGAGUGAAGCCAAAGGGGUCCCGGUGAACUCAGCUGGUCUUCCCGAGGGCUACACGAGUCGAUAUUUUGAGUUUCAAGACUUCGAGAGGAAAUUUGAAGAGUGUAUUUCCAAGACUGCCGUUAUCACCAAGUUCGACCAACACACCCGCCGCGGCAAGACCAUAGUCAGCGAGGUAGGGCAGUGUGUGGGGGGCGUGAUGGAGAGGGCUGCCGAGCUGAGGUCCGAGAGGUUACGACUCCGAGAUGACCUUUGGACAAGACUUGACCACACAGAGAAAGAACUUCACAACCUCACUGCGCAGAUGAAGGAGAAAAUCUGCUCCAUUGUUGAUGAUGUGGAGCGAAGGGUCUCUAACGCUCUCAAUGAAGAAAUACGACGACUAUCUGUGCUAGUGGAUGAAUUUUCCGAGCCGUUCCACCCUGAUCCGCUGGUCCUGAGUGUCUACAAGAGGUCCCUGCACACCCACGUGGAGGCUGGUCUAGGGUCAAACCUGAGGGCUCGGCUGUCGUCUGCCCUGGCGCUCAAUAUUGAAAGCUCGCAGCAAGAGAUGACUAACCGCAUGCUGGCCUUACUGGGUUCCGAGAAGCGAGAAAUAGCGGCCAAUCUUCUGCCACGCCGGGAGCCUUUUGAAGUUCUCUAUCGACUAAACUGCGAGAACCUUUGUGCGGAUUUCCAAGAGGAUAUUGAGUUUAAAUUUUCACUGGGGCUUGUGGCGCUGGUGCAGAGGAUCAUGGGUAAAGCUAGCAGCCGCAUCUUGAACGUCAGACACAAGGAGCAGGUGAGCCGCAGUGUACCCAUGACGCCUCUCACCCCAAGCAACGAACCAGCCUUCCCCACAGCACAGGAUGAUUGGUCCAUAAUUAGUCGCUUUGCUGUGGCUGCUGUUGGUUCGCAGGGCACCAUGGGACUGGCUCUGGCCCUUGGACUGCUCUUCAAGACCGUCGGGUGGCGCCUCCUGGUCCUCACAGGGGGCGUGUACGGGUGUCUGUACGCCUAUGAACGUCUUACCUGGACCAACAAGGCUAGAGAACGGACAUUUAAGAAGCAGUAUGUCGGCCACGCUACUCGGAAACUCAGGCUGAUUGUUGAUUUAACCUCUCACAACUGCUCUCACCAAGUUCAACAGGAACUGAGUGGCACGUUUGCCCGUCUGUGUCGUUUGGUGGACGAGAGCACCAGCGAAAUGCAGAGGAACGUACGGACGCUGGAGAGGGAAGCAGGACAGUUGGAGGAGGCCGCAGCUGUGGCCAAAAAACUGCGGAACAAGUCACACUAUUUGGCCAGCGAAUUGGAGGUCUUUCAGCAGACUUACCUGGCCACGGAGGAGUGAGAGAGAGAGAGAGAGAGGGGGGGGAAAGUGAGAGAGAGA